AUGAAAAAUGACUUUCAAGAAAAAAUUGAUGAUAAAGAUAAAAAAAAUUAUGAAAAAUUAUUGGAUGAAUAAAUAAAUUUGUGUUAGGAUGAAGAGAAUUGUAAAUACAUUUUCAGAAUAGAUAAUUAUAAAUAUGAUGAAAAGUAGAAUAAAUUUAUAAUUAAUUACAAUUUCAAAGAGAUCACAUAAAAUAUCAGUUAAGAAGCUAAAUCCUUAUCUUAAGUAUAGCUUAAGACUUUAGAAGAAAAACUUAAUAUUUUUGAUUAACUGCUUGAAUUAGCAGAGUUUUUAAAAAAGAAAAAGAUCAUACAUAAUAAUAUUAAAAAAAAUAAUUUGAUUCUUUAUAACAAUAAAUUAUAUCUCACAGAUUUUGGAUAUCUAUAAGGAAAAGAUAAAUCAAAUAUUUUUAUGGAUCAAAAAAAUUUUGUAAGAACGCUUAAUCAAGAUUAGUAACGAUAGAUUUAUCCAUAUUAAAGUUAAAAACUUUUAGAAAUUUUGAAUAAUUAUUAUUUAAAGAAUGAAGAAUUAAUGGAAAAAUUAGAAUAAAGAACUUAAGAGGAUAUUUAAGAUAAUGAUUAACAUGUAUUAACAGUUUUGAUGUUUGAAAUAUUUUAUCCUUUUGAUUUGGCCGACUAUUAUUUAUUAAAGAAUUCUUUAGAUUUGUCGAAAAAACCAAUUAGAAAUCAGUAGCUAGGAUGGAUGAUAGGUAAAAAUACAAAUGUGUAAUAUAAUGUUCUUUUGAUAAUAUAAAAAAUACUAAUAGAUAGAUUUAGUGUAGGUAAUGUUUAAAAGUAAAAUUCUCAAAAAAUUUAAUCAGAUAAUUUUUUUUAAAUUGAUAGAAAUUUAAUAAAUAUUUAUAAUUAGAUAUUAAUUUAAGAGUACUUUAAACAUAAAAUUUUAGAAUUUGAUUAAUAAUUUCUAUAUUAUUUUACUUAUUAAGAACUUUAGAAAUUAUUAAAUCAAAUCUCAAAUCAAUAAUAUUAAUUCGAAUAAGACUUAAAAUAAGCAAUAGAAAAAAUUUAAAAACUUUAUGAUAAGAUUGAUAAAAAUGAAUUUAAUAAGGAGAAUUUUAAAUAAUUAGAAUUAGAAGAAUAGUUCAUUUGUUUAGUUUAUUUAGAUCAAAAAAUUGAUGAAUUUGAUAUUAAUUAAAAUCAAGACCAAUAUUAAGAAGUAAAGAAAUUAUUAGAUUAUUAUACUUUAAAAUAUAAAUUAAAAGAAUUUUAUGAUGAAGUAAAUAAUAAAUAAUAAAAAGAUUUUAAAUUUAAUUCUAUAAAGAUAAAAUUGAAGAUCUAACAAUAUAAAAUUAAUAAAGAAAAGUUAAUAAAUAUUAAGAAUAAUAAUAAGCAAUUAGCUGAUGAAUAAAUUGAAAAGGAAAUUUUAGAAUUUGUUUAGUAAUUACUAUAUUAUUUUACUUAUAAAGAAAUUAAGAAUAUACUCAAUCAAUUCUAAAAUCCAUAAAAUAAAUUCUAAAAAGAUUUAAAAUAAGAAAUAGAAAAAAUUUAAAAACUUUAUGAUAAGAUUGAUAAAAAUGAAUUUAAUAAGGAGAAUUUUAAAUAAUUAGAAUUAGAAGAAUAGUUCAUUUGUUUAGUUUAUUUAGAUCAAAAAAUUGAUGAAUUUGAUAUUAAUUAAAAUCAAGACCAAUAUUAAGAAGUAAAGAAAUUAUUAGAUUAUUAUACUUUAAAAUAAGAAUUAAAGGAAUUUUAUGUUGAAAUAAAUGAUAAAUAAUAAAAAGAUUUUAAUUUUAAUAAUCUUAAAAAGUAAAGGUUCUAAUAUUUAAUUGAUGAGGAAAAAUAGAAUUUAGUUUAAGAGUACUUUAAACAUAAAAUUUUAGAAUUUGAUUAAUAACUUCUAUAUUAUUUUACGUAUAAAGAAAUUAAGAAAAUACUCAAUCAAUUCUAAAAUCCAUAAAAUAAAUUCUAAAAAGAUUUAAAAUUAAAAAUAGAAAAAAUUUAAAAAUUUUAUGAUAUGAUUGAUAAAAAUGAAUUUAAUAAGGAGAAUUUUAAAUAAUUAGAAUUAGAAGAGAAGUUCAUUUGUUUAGUUUAUUUAGAUCAAAAAAUUGAUGAAUUUGAUUGUGAUAAAAAUCAAGACCAAUCUUAAGAAGUAGACAGAUUAUUAGAUUAUUAUAAUUUAAAAUAUGAAUUAAAGGAAUUUUAUGAUGAAGUAAAUAAUAAAUAAUAAAAAGAUUUUAAAUUUAAUNAUUUGUCUAGUUUAUUUAGAUUAAAAAAUUAAUGA